UGACUGUUCUGACCAUAAGAACGUGCAUAGAUAAUAGAUAUAAUAUCUUUUUAUUAUCUAUGAAAACGUGCCUUUAGAAGAACAAUUAAUAUGAAACACAACAUAUUUUAUAUCUGUAGCUAGAAUUCAGCGGAACUCAGAUUAUAGUAUACACCACAGGCCAUAUUAUUUUUAUACUUGAAGUCUUUGUUGGGUACGAGCACGGGUGCAGGAAAUUAAAAAAUUAUGCUCAACAUUGCCAGAUCUGUUCGCUUUUUUAGUAGUAAGUCAGCCGCUAUUACCAAAAUUCAUCGAAACAUUUAUCCACAACACUACCUAACAAAAAUAAUUCAACCAGAUGGUUCAAGUUUUACCAUUAGAUUCAAUGAUCCUCGAAUGAUUAUAAAAUUACCUCUAGAUAUGAACUUAAUUAGUGAGGAAGAACGCAGACGUAGAAUUGAAGCAAGAAGGCCAAAACAAAAAGUCAAAAUAGUAGAGGAAUUGGAUGAUUCAUUUGACAGGACUAAGUAUCUAAAAUAUUUUAAAAAGUGACAGGAUAUGCCAAGAAUUAAAUUUGUACUAUGAAUUAAUGAUAUAUAGAUUUAGGAUGUUUAUAAAUUAUUACAAAAUGAAAUAAAAUACCAUUUAAAAUGUA